GAUUUUAUGAAAAUCAGGAGUCGCAUCGUAAAUUACGAAUGGACAUUUGGAAUGGAAAAGAAACAAGAGAUUACGAGGCAGUAGAAAGGUCAUUUUCUCUUUACGAUAUCUAUACCGAAGAGGAAUUAAAAGAAAAACCACUAAAUGAUCAACGACUUCGGGAACAUGAAAUUAAGGUGAAAGAAAUUAAAGAAAGAAGAUUACUUAGGGCUUACGGGUAUUCAUCACAAGAGGAUUUAUCUAACUUCAGAAAAUUAUUUGGUGGUGAAACUUAUUUGGAAGUUUGGGCUAGACGUUAUGCUGCAAAACCAAUGCCUGUCUCGCAAUCACAAACUCUUGUCG